AUGUCUUCAUCACUCAUACGUGGUUAUAGUGUACUACUGCGCGGUCAAAGGCUGAAUCUGCUUUUCAAGUCCACACUCAGGCCCGGUAUCAAUCAAGUAGCAAUGUACGUCACUCGUCAUCACCAACACCAACUACUCCAUACGUCCUCUAAAACCCACAACCUCUUUGGCGGCGGGAACUCCACUUCGAAAUCAUUACGAGGCAAAGUCAGCUCCAACCCGGAACAGUUGCUAAAGCCACUGGCAAAAUCCCAAGUAUCAUCGAACCCAGCUGACAUUUUAACGCAAAAUGACAUUUUGAUGUAUUCAACCAAGCCAACAAAUUAUAUCGAAAGUAUCAAGCUGAAUGGAUUUCAUUUAUCUAAUAACUAUUUUAUCCUGUCACCGGAUUCGAAUGGUGAUUUAAUUGGGUUGUGUUUGUUAGGGUCAGAGACGUUUGAGGUGAAAUUAACUAAUAGCAACAACAACAACAACAACAACAACAGCAAAAGUAAACAGGUUAAUUUCUCCAUUAACAACCACAUUAUUACAUUUCAUGACUCCAUCCUACAGAUAUUUUCCAAGAUCCAUCCAAAACCGGAAUUAGUUGUUAUUGGACUCGGUAAAACUAGUCGAUUGUUGAAUAGUUCCAAUAGAAAUUGGUUUAGUGACUUGGGCAUUCAAUUGGAAAUUAGCGAUUCGACAAAUGCCGGUCAGAUUUAUGACUUGUUGAGUACUGAGCGACCUGGAGUUAUUGGUGCGUUAUUGUUGCCGCCAAAUUUGUAA